GUUUCAUGUCGUUUAUCAAUUGAUGACACAAAUUAUUCAUGCUUAAUAUAUCAUGCAGAACUCGUCCACUGAUUGUUUUGCAUUCGGAGUGAUACAUGUACUGUAACGCCCCUUCUCUAACAUUUUAUAAAAGUAGAUCAUAUAAUUAAAUGAACUGGAUAUUGUGUAUGAGAAAACGAUUAAUUAAAUUACAUAGAAGUAUUUGUCUGUAUUUAAAGCUAAGACUACAGUAAGUGUGAUCUAAGAUAAUAGAUUUGUGAAUAUAGGGUGAACGGAAAAAGGUGUUCUUAACUGGCAAAUUUGCAUGGAUGCGCAGACUUAUGAUGGGUCAGCUAUUCUCAGACGAGAACGAGCCCGAAGAUGCCAAUCUUAAAUUCUACAGAAAUAUAAAAAAAUCCAGGCCAUGGCCAGGCACAAAGAUUAACAAGAUGUUGCGUUGGAAGGGUGAUUACGAUCAGCUCGAGGCAGAUCAUGAAUACAUUCAGUGGUUAUUCCCUUUACCUGAACGAAGUAACAGUAACAGUUCUUCUCAACCGCUAUACGAGGAGGAAGCCAAAGCUAUACGCGAAGACGCAGAACUGAAGAAGCGUGUGGCUGGAGCCUACGAUAUGAUGUUGGACUUCUACGGCUUCCAGCUAGUUGACAGUGGGGACGGAACACUGGCAAGAAGACACAAUUAUCGUGAGCGUUUGGAGCAUCUGAACAGAUCGAAGCACAAUUAUCGGCGAAUCACUCGAAUAAUAAGGUCAUUGGGCGAGCUGGGCUUUGAUCACUAUCAGGCCAAGUUUGUCUUAAGACUGAUGGAGGAAGCCAUCGUAUGGAAGACUAUACCUAAAUGUGCCAGAGGCCCUAUGAUGCAUUGGGUUAAUUCCAUCAAAGAUGAUUCUGCGAGAGCUGAAGUUGGGAUGCGGUACAGGGAACUGAACUCGGGCCAGGACUACACGAUGCCCGAAAAACAGGUCGAAGUAAAGAAUGCCAAUCUCAAAUUCUACAGGAACGAAAUUCAUUCAAGACCCUAUCCAGGUGCGUGUAUUGAAGAGAUGUUGACGUGGAAAGGCGACUACCGUAAGCUAGAAAACGACCAUGCAUAUAUUCAGUGGUUGUUCCCGAUACCUGAGGCCAGCCAAAGCAACAGCUCAGCUAAACCGUUGCGCGAGAACGAAGCAAAGGCUAUACGAGAAGACGAGGUUAUGCGAUCCAGAGUCUAUAGGGCCUAUGAUAUGAUGGUAGACUUCUAUGGCUUCAAGAUUGCAGAUGAAGUAAACGGGGAACUUCACAGACACCAGUUCUGGCAUGAGCGACUUCAAAAUCUAAACAGGUCAUCACACAAUUACCGGCGUAUAACACGGAUUCUUCGAUCGUUAGGCGAUUUGGGAUUCGAGCGAUUUCAGGCCAGUUUGGUAAAAAAGCUUAUUGAAGAAGCAAUCGUUCACUGCACUGUAUUUAACGCUCUCCCAGGAUCAAUGGAUAUCUGGAUAGAUAUGAUUAAGGAUCAGUUUGAGAGAGCUGACGUUAGGAAAAUGUAUACAGCGCUAACGUCAGAUCCACAUUCAGAAACAUUAAACCCGAAUGGAGAAACACCGAUUGAUUGAGGUGGCUCGAAGCAGAUUUUUUGUAAUAAUGAUUUUAGCUUGGAUAGAAAAAGACAACACCACAGUAUUCUGAAGUCAACGAAACCAAUAAUUGGCUUCGGAAAAAAUAUAAGCUGUGCAUAUCUUUUAGUGCUGAAGUUCUGAGGGUUAAGUGUGCGAAAACAAAAACAAAAUAUACAUGGACGCGUCAAACUGGAUGUGAGGUUAAUAAUACUAAUAAACAAUAAUUGGGCGGCAUACUGGAAAUAGUUAACGAACCUACAACCCCUAUAUACUAUUGACGCUUUAACUAAACACAUCAAAUAGCAACAUACACAGAUAUAUCUAUCUCAUAAUGGUAAACAUAUACUUACGUUUGUCAUGUUUGAAUGUUAUUUAUUCAUUACUAUGAAUGCUGGAAACAUAUACACAGCUAAUGUUGGGACAUCUAUACCAGCGAGCUAUUAGUAUACACAUAGAACAUCUUGUUAUUCAUUAUAAAAAAUGAAUAUUGAAACACAGACUUGCGUGAACAACUUACUCGUGCCAGGACAGUCAGCGGUAAAAUUUAGUGUAAAGUGUAUAUCGGUACAUACGACACAAACAUUUUCUACACAAGUUUAUCUCUGUUCAAAGUUUGAUCCACUUUCGCCUGUGGUAAAUAAGGACCAGGAAUCCUGCCAAUAUUUUAACGGAUUUAUUGUUUAAUUUACUUGUAACUGAAAUGUUUGAGUACGGCGGUUAUGCUAUUUAAUGGCAUAUCCUAUCUGUUCAACGGUAUUUCACUUAGUGUUUUGUUCACGCUUUAAAUAGCUGGUCUUAUUCUCUCAGCCCACAUGUGCAAUCGACAUAUUCUUCUACAUCUGUGUAUUAAGGGAAGAGGACAAUUACAACAAGCGAGGCAUGGUGUAUUUAUCAACACUGCUUAUGUUCAUUGCAGUUUGACCAUUGUCGAGACAGUACGCUGAAACAUUUAAAAAGGGGUAAAUCUUUACAAAAACGGAGACUGGAACCGUACGCAAAAACAUAUCGCUCAACAUUCACAAUUCGCAUUACACAUUUUGUUUACAGUAUUUAAUCAACAUGAAUUAACUACAGACUGUUUGACAGUUUAGUUGGGUCCAAAUUAAAUUACGCAGCCGAAACAUGGGGCUUUAAUGAAGGAAAAGAUAUCGAACGCAUACAUUGUAAAUUUCUUCGUAAGAUAGUUAGAAAAUCCACAAACCUAGACGGACUUUACGGGGAACUAGACAGAUAUCCAAUGUAUUUAAAACGCCAAUUGACAUUAGUUCAAUACUGGGUAAAAAUCAUUGAUCCGAACAACAACAUACUGACAAAAUCUAUUUAUAAUCUGCUUAAGAGCGAUGCUGAACGUAAUAAUACAUAUGCCGGCAAGAACUGGGCUUAUCAGAUCAAAGAACUACUCAAACACAUUGGAUUAGCUACCAUAUGGACGCAACAAAAUACGCAUACCCCAAACGAAUACCAGCUAUAAAUAAUAACAAAUCGAAUUUUGGAUAUAUAUAAACAGACUUGGUUCUCAAAUAUAAACAACUCAAAUAGACUGUCUGCAUUCCGAUAUUUCAAAUAUGACUUUUAAACGGAAAAAUAUUUAAAAUGUAUUAAUAACAAUAAAUUUAGAAUAUUACUUACACAAUUCAGAAUCUCUGCACAUAAUCUAGCCAUAGAAAAAGGUCGUCAUGAAAACAUACCAAAAGAAAAUAGGAAGUGUAUUUUCUGCAAUAUGAAUGCUAUAGAAAGCGAAUUUCACUUUUUAAUAGUAUGCCCUCUAUAUAAAGAAAUUAGACAACAGUACCUAAAACCAUACUUUCGUCAUUGGCCAACAUUGAACAAAUUCGAAAUGAUAAUGUCAUCAAAACCAACAAAGGAACUAAAUAACCUAUCAAAAUAUGUUUAUUUUGCCCUAAACUAAGGUCAAAUGAAAAGUAGUAUAACAUAUAUGCUGUAAACGCCUUCAUUUUUGUAUGUCUAUUAAAACAGAUACAAUAAUAAGUGAAUCGUAUUAACUAUGAUUAUUAUUUCCUUUUGCCUAUUGUUUAAAAUAUUAAGGUGAUCGAACGACUGUAUUGGAUAGAGUAAAAGUGAUCAACUUGUGCGAUUAUUUUAUAUUAUGUUAACUAUUUGUGAUGAAGAAGAUCACUUCUAAUCUAAUUGUAUUGUUAUCAUUAUCAAUUAGAAUAUUCUAAAGGUAAUUGUUUUGUUAUCAUUAUCAAUUAGAAUAUUCAAUUUACAUAAAAGAGACAGCAAACAUAUGUUUAAUGCUAAAUGAUUAAAUAAAUCUUCUCAUUAUUUUUGGUAAUUUUAACAUAAGCAUUACGAAAUAAUGUAACUUAACAAAGUCUGUGUAAUUGAACAAUUUUUAAAUUUUUAAUUGUAUCCAGCAUUUAAAAUAUCGAUCAUUUAAACAAUGAGAACUUUUUUUUUGUAAAUGAAAUUCACCACCGAAAUUAUAUAUUCAUUAUGUAAAUGACUUAUUGAUUCUAUUCUUUGAGUGAUUUUGACAUGCUUUUUUUCGUUUUUUGUUUUACCCACUAUUUGUAUUUGUAUGUGUUGUACUUCUCAAAUACAUGUACCAUGUCUUUACUAUCUCAAACACAUACUGUGUAUAGGCUAUAAAUUUGCAAUAUGCUAUUUAAUGCCGGAUAAACGUUAUGUUAUGUUAUGUGUUAUUUAACAACGGAUUUGUUGGCAGAGAGUGUUAAAACAAACACGUUGUUAUUAAGGCCUUUACGGCAUGUCUGACCCCCACAUUAUUAUUCCAUUUACCAUAUUGGUCCACCAUAAAAUCUCUUAAAAUGUGUAUUUAUAAAAAAGAUUUGCUUACGCGCAUGACUCCUCUGCAUCUGUGUAUGGAUAUCUAUCUAUAAGGGUUGCUGCAAUGUGAAGGUAUACUAUUGGAUACAUUACGCGGGAUUUACGGGGUUAGUUCAAAUAACUUAGCCUUCAACAAGAAGCAUGUACUCUCCCCCUUGUGAUAGUGAUACAACACUGACAAUGUGUUCAAUGUUAAUGUGCAGUAAGCGAAAAAAUGUAUUAUUUGCAUAUAAUGUAUUCAAGUAAAUAUUUAUAUAUGUAUAUAUUGUUAUUUAAAUAACAGGUUGUGAAAUACCCCCCGGGGGGGGGGGUAACUUCUCAAAUUUUAGGGUAGGGGUGUCCCACUGAGACUAACGAAAUGUGACCCAUUUUUAUACCGGAACUCUGAUAAAGUAGACGCAUUUUGAUACAAGAUUUUUGAAAAAGCAGACCCAUUUGUAUAGGAUACCUUUGAGAAAGUGGACUCACUUCAAUACAAGAAAUUUUAUAAACUGGACCCAUUGCAAUACUAGAAUUUGAUAAAGUGGACACAUUUCAUACUAGAAUUUUAAUCUAUAUCAUAUCAAUACAGUAUACUUAUUGAAUUUGCUAUUAUAUGGUUAUUUGUAAAUUUCAUAUUUGAAAUUAACUUUUUGAUACCCAUUUAUAUACAAGAAUGAAAUUUAUCAUACCCAUUUUGUUACUGAUACUUUCAAAUCUAUAAACAUUUAUAUACACGCACAUUUCUGAUUUCAAUACCCAUAUCUAUACUUAGAUGCUCAAAAACAUACCCAUAUCUAUAAUUUUAGUCGAAAAACGCACCCCAUAUAACCGGCACACCCCUAUAUACCCUAAUAUAGGAAGUUACCCCCCCCCCCCCCCGGGGAAAUACCUGCUCACGUACAUGAGUUCGAAACGUCUUUAAUGCGUUUUCCGAAAGUGUUGUUCGUACGUAAUUGUUAUUUUAUUGUAUUUAACUUUUACAUUAAUCUAUAGUAAAAACUGUUAUUAAAUUGUUGUACUUAAUGUUAACACAUAACAUAAUCAGGUUGACUGUUUUUGCGAUGCUGAAUGUAAUUGUUAAUGUAUGUUAGAAUAUGUGUGUUGUUAAAGCCAUAUGUUUUAUGGUUGAACGUUCAAACUGACUAUUUUACAGAAUUCACUUUAUUUAAAAAAUGUAAGAAUAAUUGUUAGUUGUGCUUAGAAUGUCUAUAUAAUCAUGAAUGUUUUAACUGAAAUUAAACGAGACAUA